AUGCAUGCAGCAAUUUCGGCCUGCUAUUCUGCACGGCCAAAAUGUCGAAUAGCAGAGGCAGGUCAGGUCCACCACCCAGCAGAUAUGAAUCAUUAUAUAUCGGAGAUUACAAUUCUGCCGAUUAUGAUCCACUGCCACCAUUUGACCGUAGAAUUUUACAAGGUCUUUCUUACGAUGGCUACUCCUCGAGUGCAUCCAACAGUGCCUCAGAACGGCUCGUUCCGGCUGUCCGAUCUCGCUCUCGUUCUCCUCCUCGGGGUUUCGUCAGGUCCAGGUCUCGAUCUCCCGAGAUGCAGGUGAUCGUUCCUGCCCAUGAUGGGACCCACUCCCUCACUCGUCAGAUGCAAGACAUGGAUCUCAAACAGAUGGUUCUGUAUGGAAAUCCUUCUUACGAUCUGCCACUAUCACCCCAGGUCUCGUCGGGGGGCAGCCCUCAGCACAGCGCGACCUUCGUCGAGGGCUAUGUGGGAAGACCAUCCAGCUCCCGGAGUCGCCCGAGAUCAGCUCGUGGGGUCCCGGUGCCUCCACCAGCCACGGGCCGUCAUCGAGACCUCAAUUUUAUGGAAGCCAGAGCUGCGAGCGAUGACAGGCAGGCGUCAAGCUACUGGGCUGGUCGGCCCGACAGUAGUAUCGAUCGACAAUCCGGAAUGUCUGAAUACCUGGGUAAGAACGCGCUGGAUAAUCGAGCAGCCUUACGCCAAAAGGACUCGGACCCGCUCGCUCGCCCUUAUCUCGUUGAACACCUCGGCCCUCGCUACUACGAUGAGUAUGAAUCUACAGCCACCAGCCGUCACUACACGCGGGAUGAGCUCAUACAAAGAGAACGAGACGAGCAACAGGGGCUCUUCCCACCAGGCCGGUCCGUCGUUCCCUUCCCGGACCCAAGAUGGCCCAUUUCCAGCAAUCGGUAUGCAGGAGGUCCUGAUUACAGAGACCGCCCCAGAAGUCCUCCGCGACGCCGGAGCCGUGGUUGGAACUGGGAAAACAGACCUUUGGACGAUGCAUUCUCGGACGCGACUGGCCAUUAUUCAGGUAUUGCAGGCAGCGGAGUUUCUGGUCCGAGCCCGUAUCGUACUUUCUCGUAUCGUGAUUCACGGCACGUCCCGCACUUCAGGACGUCUCAGGAAGACCAGCUCUAUGGCGUAGGAGGUCAUACGUGGGCUAAUCCGAAUCCCGUAGGUCUCAAUCCCCCACGCGUUCAAGAAUGGCAUGAUGAUAACUUCUCUGACUUCGGAUAAUCUAGAUUGAGCAUGCCCGCCCCACCCGCGCGCUCUCUCUCUUCAGCAAGAGAAGGUAAGAGAAGUGAGAGAUCGCUAUACAUAUGAAUUUACGCAUGGCCGCAGUGGAACGAUCUGUCGAAACACGAGGUAAUCUCUAUCCAGGUAAGUGGGCUCACAAUCCCCUCGUCGGACGCUUAGUUCUUUCAUCACAACGUGGCUCUGUUUUUAUUGUACAUAGAGACGUGAGCAGGUGAGUCUCUUCAGAUUUACGACAUCAAGGAUUCUACGGUAAGUCUAUCCAUGAUCCUCUAUGGGUGAUGUGGAACUUGAUCCGGAUUGUAAUUCCGCCCGAGUCUCCUCGGCCUUCGAUCAGGGAACCUUCCUCAUGCAUUCAGUGCUGGUACGCUUUCUCCCUCCAAAUUGUAACAUAAUACCGAGAAGACAUCUAAAUCCUUUCUGCCCAAGACCUUUCAUCACGACGAACUAACAUCGGCAAGCUGUUUCUAAGUACGAGCUCGUUUCUGGAAGACCCGGAGAAGUUACAAUCAAUUUUCACUAUCCCGGACAUCCGAAACUGUAAACCCUUCAAUCAAUAGAUUGAAGGGAUAGGAUCUAUCAGAACUUUCAUUAGGAAUUUGCGAAGUAGCGCUGGCAUGAAGAAUAAGUUUGAUGCUCGUAUAUGCUUGAUUUGCACUCGUCAAUGCCGAAGAAAACUGGGAAGUUGAAGAUUCUCUUGGCCUGCUUUAAACCUCGCAGUAAACGUCGACAAAGCUGUGGUUCAUAAUUUUAAACGCAGUCCAAUGAUGACCUUUAAGGUCAGAAGGAUUCAGAACCUGGAAUAGUUAUGAACUGUAAAAAGUUCUAGUACCCCUUAGUAACAAUGACUCCCAUCAUUCUAAGAUGUUCUAAGCAAAGCCUAGCACAUAGUGCUUUUAGAUUAAGUAUCAAAGAAGGCGAUUCGAACUCUGGAGUGGAACUGUCACUCGUCUUAGCCCUGACUGGCUAGAUCGGGAGAAUUGUCGGAACAUAAAAUAUAUUCACCUUAAAACUCACUAUUUUUAACGAGAGCAACGUAUCGCGGGAGAGAUGAAGUAUACAUAUGACAUACUCCGGGACUGUAGCAUAGGCAGGGAGGCGAUGGGAGCCCAAGGAAGCCAUGGCUUUUGAGUUCUGAUAUUAUACAACACGACAAAAUUCUGAAGGGAUCCUGCUGUCAAACCAUGACACAGAAACCUGAGCUAAGUCGUCAUAGUUGUAACUUUUUGUGCUGUUUAGUGUAGAGUUAGAUUUGAAUUUCAUGGCCCCGAUUUUCAUAUUCUGGCUACCCCCCUCCUGCUCACUAUUAAUUACAAGAUUGCGACUGACCCUAAACAUGCCAUUCAUAGCAGUAUUACAUAUCUUUGCUACUAUCUUGGUAAAGUGUAGCGAGCUAUCGGAGAACCGAAGAAGUGAUAGUGAAGCCAAUUCUUUGAAAACUCAAUAUAAAGUUACAAAACCUACAGAUUAAAUGUCUAGUGAUGUUCUCAGGGAGACCACUUGCGGAAAGG